AUGUACCGCGAUGUCCCACGCAUGGGACAGUUGUGCGAGAAGCUCGUCUCGUCUUCCGUGUGCGAGAAGCCCGUCUCGUCUUUCGUAUGCGAGAAGCUCGUCUCGUCUUCCGUGUGCGAGAAGCUCGUCUCGACUUUCGUGGCUUUAGAUCACCUUAAUCUAGUGGGUCGCUGA